UUACAUCGUAUUUGCAUCGUAUUUUUAGGUUAACUUUCUUCAUCGUACAUAGGCUUAAAAUUAUCAUUUCUUUUCUUCGCUAGAUUUGCUGAUUUUUAGAUUGGUUGACCCUCCAGCGAAAUGCAGCUAGUCUAAAGUUUUGUAAUGCAAGGAACUCACUUAAGCAACAAAUAGAGGUCAUUUGUCAUGAGUUCUCUUACUUACGUAAGUCGCGCUGGCGGCUCUGCAAAUGAAUACCGCACAGUGAUGAUUGAAACGUAUUCAUACACGCACGCACCACUGACACAUAAUUUUUACGCCACAACAUAAUAUUUUUAUUUUUAACUAUUUCUGUGUGAAGUUAUACAUUGCAAUGCAAGAUUGGAUUAAAAUUACCCUUAUUUUAUGUCUGUUUGGGACUUUGAGGGAGAUUCGACCGUCGGAACCCUUUGUUUCUGAGUUUCUUAUUGGAGAAUGGAGAAAUAUAACAGAGGACCAGUUAAACCGGGAUGUUUAUCCCAUAGGAACCUACUCCUACUUAUCUUUAUUAGUUGUGGUGUUCUUAAUAACUGACUUUUUAAGAUUCAAGCCUAUCAUCAUAUUAUCAGGUCUCAGCGGGAUAGCUGUGUAUGCAAUACUAUUAUGGACGACAAGCUUGGAAUGGGUACAAGCUUCCCAGUUCUUCUACGGCCUGUACAUGGCCACCGAAGUCGCAUAUUUGACUUAUAUCUAUGCAAAGGUGGACUCGUCGAAGUAUCCCCGCGUGUCCUCAUACACCCGCAUCGCGGCGCUGACCGGCCGUUUCAUAUCUGGAGUCACAGCUCAACUCCUCACACAUUACGAAGUUAUGAAUUACCGAGAGUUGAACUAUAUCACUUUUGCAGCUCAGAUCCUCGCGACUUUCUGGGCAUUCUGGCUGCCGCCGGUCCAGUUCGGCAUCUACUUCCAUCGGAGGAACUCCUUGGUCAACGCUCAGCAGUUAAACCAGACCACCAACAAACAGCCACCGGCUACGAUUAAACAAUCAUUUCGCCGCGACGUCGUCGAAGCGUCCACUCUGAUAGCCCGCCAUGCGCGCGCGGCGUACACGCGUCCGAAGGUGAUCGCGUGGUCAGCGCUGUACGCGGUCGCUUUGGCGCUUUUUGUGCAAGCGCAAAUUUAUGUGCAGCUGCUGUGGAGGCAGGUGCAAGAUGAAACUGGCACAGAUAUGGCGUACAACGGCGCAGUGGAAGCCAUACAAACAUUGCUAGGCGCUGGCGGCGCGUUCCUAGCGUCUAUAUUCAGUAAAGCGGUACUUCCCGCGCCAGUAGCAGCUAUACAGGGCCUCGCAGUGUUCGUGGGGACGUACGUGCCAAAUGUGUUCGUGUCCUACGCGGGGUACAUCGUCAUGGGAAUGCUGUUUCACUACACUAUCACCUUGGCGAGUGCCAAAAUAGCCAGCCAGUUGUGCGACGAGAGUUGCUUCGGUCUCAUAUUCGGUAUAAACACUCUGCUAGGGACGGGGCUACAGUCCAUCCUCACAGCUGUUCUCAUACAGGCGUUAGUGCUGAGUAUAUCAGCUCAGUAUUACGUCAUAAGCGUUAUGUUCCUCGUCCUGGCCUGCGGUUGGCUGCUCGGAUGGGUAGUUAACUUGUGUAGGCAAAUACAAACCGUCAAUAUCAAUAAUGGGUACGAUGGGAAUAAACCUUAACGUUGGCUUGAAGUCGUGAAAGCGGUUUGAAAGUAGUUUAUGAUUUUGCUAAUUGUGAUAAACGGUGGACCACAUGAAAGUACAUCAUCAGGAUUUUCAAGGAGUUGAGUUUUUUUUUUUUUGUUGAAUAUUUUUUGAGUCCCACUGUACUUGCGAACCGAACUGCAGUAUUUAAGAUAUAAAAGUAACAAAAUAAGGUCUCAAGUCGAAGGAUUCUACGCCAAAGUACACUUUAUGUGAAUAAAACGAUCCGAUAUCUUUGAUUGGACCCUGUUGCUACAUUGGAGAAGACCCAAGUCAGACUUUCAUGAUACUUUAUAAUGGGGAGUCCUGAAGAGCUUCAAUUAUGGUUAAAUCAAUCGCCUUUCGGAUAUUCCACUUUCCAAUGGCGGUUGUGCGAUAUCUGACGUUGUCAUAAAAUUUCGAUAUAAUUCUUACUAAAAUAAUCCUAAUUAAGAGACUGACUGUAGGCAGGUACUUAUUGAAUAAUCAAAACAUUUCAACAAUUAUAAUGAUAACGACUCUUAAGUUUAAUAAAACAACUUAUUGUCAGAUUGUACUGGCAAUGGUAACCAGUAUUAUUUGUAUGAAAUAAUGUAGCAUAUAAUAUCAGUAUAUUAUUUCUAACGGAAGAUACAGAAAAAAUGUAAGUUAAAGCUGGACCAUGAGUCAAACUAACACUUGACCACUUUUAAAUUACUAAAAUAACAAAAAUACUCGAAGUGUGCAAUAUUGUUUACAUAUGUUAAAAAUAAAUUUACUUAUGCAAGUCUCGUCCUAAUAAUCUUAAACUUUGAAUACCGACUGUAAGUAUUCUUUAAACCGAUUCUUGUGAAAGGCGAAUAAUAAUUGUUUAAUUACUUAUUUUUUCGUUCUGUUAACAAAACAUGGUUAAAAGACAGUAUCAAGGCAUUUAGUUGUGAUAUUUGGACAAGUGCAAUAAAAGAAAAUAUUAUGUAAAUAGAUUCCAUUUUGAUUUUCAAAUGACUGUGUUGUGUAUGUACGUGACUUUAUGACUCAUAUUAUAUGUUUGUUACUAUGUUUUUAUAUAUCCAAAUUAGAGCAAUUUUAAUUACUUUAGGCUGUGAUUUUUUAUAUCAAGAAUAUAAGUGUUGAACCGAAUAGUUACUGUACUAUAGUGGUACUUAAAUCACUGUACUUACUUUUAAACGAAAUACACUUCCAAUGAUUCUCUCAUAGUACCUACUAGGGGAAGGUAUGAAUUUAUCCCUUUAAAAAAAAAGAUUGUAACUACAAACAUUUACCCCCAAAUUAAUGUGACCAUAUUGGUAGAUACCUAAGGAUUUGAUAUAACAAGUUAUCAAUUUCGACACAGACAUUGUACUUAUAAUUUUACCUAUGAUAUUUUACUUUUUUUGUGUAAGUUGUGGUAGCGGGUAGAUCAUAUAUCAAUGUACUUAGAAAUGCAGUAAACUGAAAUUGUAUAGACAAAAUAAAAGAUUUUUUUCUUA